UCUCCCUCUUUAUCAUUUUUAUUUUAUUUGUUUUUUCAUUUUCGAAUCUUUUCUCUCUCUCUCUCAAACGAGAUUCUUGAUAGAACCAGGGAGAAUCAGCCAUGGCUUCACCAAGCAAACGCCGAGAGAUGGAUAUGAUGAAAUUGAUGAUGAGUGAUUACAAGGUGGAUACAAUCAACGACGAUUUGCAGAUGUUCUAUGUCACAUUCCAUGGUCCCACUGAUAGUCUUUAUCAGGGAGGUGUUUGGAAGAUCAAAGUCGAACUUCCUGAAGCUUAUCCUUACAAAUCCCCAUCUGUUGGAUUUGUUAACAAGAUUUAUCACCCUAAUGUCGAUGAAUCUUCCGGGGCAGUUUGCUUAGAUGUAAUCAACCAGACAUGGAGCCCAAUGUUUGAUCUCAUUAAUGUUUUCGAGUCCUUCCUUCCCCAACUGCUUCUAUAUCCAAACCCAUCAGAUCCUUUUAAUGGAGAAGCUGCUUCUCUCUUGAUGCGAGACCGCGCUGCCUAUGAGCUCAAAGUUAAAGAAUACUGUGACAAGUACGCACAACCAGAGAAGGAGAAUUCAAGUGAUGAUGAUGAUGAUGAUAGCAUGAGCGAAAAUGGUUCCGACUCUGAUGACGAUGCCAACGAAAUAGUUGGAAAAGCUGAUCCAUGAUUGUUUGUUUACUCAAUUCAAUCUUUCUCUGCACUUUUCAUUAUUAUUAGUCUUUCUUCGUCUCUAAACCAGUAUAAUGCCAUUACCAAAGAGGAGAGAAACUUUCCUCUGUAAAUUUGUAAAGACUUUAUAUAUAUUAUUCUUUAGGAACAUUGAAAUUUCAUUUUUAAAGCAGUACAUAACAUGUAACAAUUUGCAAUAUCUCGUCAUUCGUCAAUAAAACAUUCUCAUUUUGUUUGCA